UUUAUACGUCGCGCUUAUCUCGCACCAAAUCUAAUAUAAUUAGAACCGACGAAAGCGCGAGUUUGGCGCGACAAAGGAGUUUGAUUUUGAUUUAGACGAUGAACUUUCGUCGUGCCAAUAGCAAAAUACACUUCUGCGAGUUGCCAGCCACAGGGAACCAAUAAACUGAAAACACUCGAAGCAAAGACAAAUCACGUAUGGCGCCCUUCACGCAUCUAAAGAAAGUGCUUCUUCUGAAGUCGCUUAUUGGAGCCAGGAGAAGACGACAGAAUAUGCAAGCAAUGAUGAUUAAUUUGAUGAACAGAAGACGGUGUAGGCUUUUGCGGAUUCUUUUUUUGCUACAGUUGAUUCUUACUGGUUUACAACAAGCAGUUGCAGUGCCUAUUAGGCCUAGGAUAAGAUCAUGCCGUAGGUUGCUGCGAAACACUGGUUGGUGGAACCUCGUUUGGACAGUAUAUUCCGAGAAAAGGUUUAAAAAGACAUUUAGAAUGACUAGGCAAACAUUUUCCUUAAUUCAUGAUAGAAUCAAGGAUGAUUUAACGAAGGAGAGCGUCACAGAAGAACCAAUUCCAUCCCAGAUGAGACUAGCAAUUUGCUUGUAUCGACUCAGUAGAGGAGACUACUACAAUACCAUUUCAGAGCUAGCUGGUGUCGUUGAAACAACUGUGUGCAACAUAGUGAGAGAGGUAGCUAAGGCAAUCAUUGAAAAUUUAUGGGAAGAAUUUGUUGAGGCCAAAUUUCCACAUAGCAAGGACACGCUGAAUGAGAAAAUGAAAGAAAUGGAACAAGAAUGGCAGUUUCCUUUUGCAUAUUCUGCAAUUGAUGGGUGUCACAUACCAAUUAAGUGCCCACCUGGUGGCCAAGAGUCAUGUAAAGAAUUUCAUAAUUUUAAGAAUUUCUACUCAAUCGUUCUAAUGGGAAUGGUAGAUGCCAAAUAUCGAUUUAUAUGGGCAAGUGCUGGUUGGCCUGGCAAUUCACAUGAUGCCAUAAUCUUUCAAGCAACAAACCUUUAUACCAAACUAGCUGAAGGUACAGCCUUUCCACCUAUUGCCCAUCAUGAGAAUGGCGUCAGUAUUCCACCUUUAAUCCUGGGAGAUUCUGCCUUCCCCUUCAAGCCUUGGCUGCUGAAGCCUUACACAAAUGCUACACUGAUGCCAGAGCAGAGCUAUUUCAAUUAUAGGUUGAGUCGUGCACGCAUGGUAACAGAGUGUGCAUAUGGACAACUGAAAGGUCGAUGGAGAGUCUUGCUCAGGAAGUCUGAGAAUGAUAAGGAAACAGUACGUGCAGUUACACUAGCUUGUGUAGUACUACAUAACAUUUGCAUCGAACAAGGAGAUUUGGCUCAAAGGCAAUGGGACCUCUCCAAAGAUUCAGCAUCAAAUCAAAGACGUACACAAGAAGAAGUCCAAGACCUUCUUAUGAUAAGGCAAUGCAGACAUAAGAUAAUUCAAAUGUGCUAAAAUUAUGUACAAUUUAAAUAGUAACAUUUAUAAUACUACUUUUGGGAAAUUAUUAAAAAAAAUCCAAAGACAUUCAUAACUUUAAAACAAGGCAUGCUACAUCAGGGAAAUUUUUCAAACCAUCCUUUACAACAAGCUAUGGUAAAGGUUCUAUAACAAAUUCUGGUGUUGAUAUUUGGAAUUCCAUUCCAAAAGAUAGAAAUUCCUGAUUUCAAAAUACUAGAACCUAUGAGUUAUAUAUCGAUCAAAUUCAUGUAACUAAAAUGGCUCAUGGCUCGAAAGCCCUCUCUGGGUUAUUUCCAUGAGUCAUUCAGCUUUGUUUAUUACAUGAGUUGUUAAAAUAAUUAUAAUAUUGUAAUAUCACGCUGAGAAUACACAAAAAAUUCAAAUUACCUUCAAAUAAAUUUCUCCGUUCUUGCUAGUCUUUGUGUUUGUAAAAAUCAGUUUUUUGCGAAAAUACUCAUUAUCGCAGAUAACGUCCACUAGGUUGUUUGUUAUGUCCAUUGGCCACGAUGACUUCUUCACGGCCUUUUUCUUUCGCUUUUCAAACAACACAUUACAUGCCUCUUCCGCUUCACUUUCUGACCCAAAACUCCCUCUUUCGUCCUCAUUAAAAAUUUCGGAUUCCACGCCAGCUUCCUCACUUUCGCUGCCGCAAUCCACGCUAUUGCUUACAUACACGUCUGUUUCUGCCAUUUUCCUUCAGAGAUGAAUACAAGAAGCAAGAACAACCCAACUAUACUUUGGCGCCAACAAAAACUUAGCACCACUGCGCUUGCGCAACUAAUGUAUUUGACGGACUGGAAAAAACACUAUUUGAUUCAAGUCAUCAAAAGCGCGACGUCUAAAGCCAACUCGCGCUUUGGUCGUGUAGCACGGCUGACCAUGACGAACUUGAGUCGCACCUAGCAUUUGUAUCGAGCUAAAUUGCAAAUUGGAUUUAUACGCCGUGCUAAUGUUGAAUCUAAUCGAUACUUAGAUUUUGAAGAGGCAAAGUAUUUCAUUCGGUGCGAGAUAAGCGCGACAUAUAAAUCAGCCCUAAAUAAAACUCGCAGAAUUUUAAUGUAAAUUUCUCAUUCAAGUCUUAUUCUCCUGCAACUACUAUUUUGUGCGUAUAUAUAUACGUUUACGAUAGAAAUUUCUAGGAUGCUGAAUCAUAAUUACUAGAAUAUGAAAUUAGCAAUGAUUACAUAAAUAAACUAAUUUCCAGAUAAUUCCAGAGCAACCGGCUAACAAUGAGGCAGUAAGGAAAACGAUGUUAUAACAACAACUUCAUGCUGAUAGGCCAAAGUUCUCGAAUGUCUAGUGCAGUAGGUUAGCUAAUGAUAGUAAAAUUAAACAUAAACGCAUAACUAAGCAAAUUGCAACGAUACAUUUUUUUUAUAAGAACCAGUAAAUUUAAGUUCAGGCUGAUUGUUUUUAAUUUUUUCGAAAAUCUGAGGCUGGAUUGUAAAAUUGGAAUAUUCACCGAAAAAGCACCCACACAUUGCUAAAAAUCCUCGAUUUUGAGCAAAAACGUUGUUCAAAAUUGCAUUUUGCAGAAGCUAAGCCUCAGCUUGUUCUUAAUUUGUUCUUGACUUUUGACCAGUUUUGAGGCUGGUGUUUUUAUAAAAUUGUUCUUAUAGUUUCUAGAAUGGAAUUAUCUAGAAUACAAAGUAAGUUGUUCUAGAAUACUAGAAUAUAAUUGUUCUAGAUUUCCCAACAGAACUAAGCUUUUCAGCAUUUCUAAAGAAUUAGAUCUCAAUUGUUUUUUGAACCCCAUAAUUGCCUUUCUGUUAUUAUCUCUCUUUCUCCUGAUUUUUAGUUUGUUGCUUUUGAUUUGACUUUUUGAUGAGAACCACAGAGAGCAACUGAUCAAUUCUACUGACCCGUUUUUGAGUCUCAAUACUUUUACCUUGGGAUGGUUCAUUUUAUUCUCAUAUGAAUAAAAAGGGGGUUGUCACAUAAAGAUUGUUUUUCAAAAAAAUUCCUCUGGUCCCUAUGGGACUUAAAAAUGAAAGAUCCCUAAACUGAACUGAAAAAAACAUGAACAUAAACAGAAUGAAAGGUCCCAAAACAUAAACAAAUGAUGAAUUCAAAAUAUCAUUAUUUUUCUGUUUUUAUUUUUUAGUUCCUUUUUUGCAGAAAACAUUUAAAAAUUUGAAAGAUUCCCUUAAAAAAAGGUUUGACAAGAGAAGACCCAUGGCAAGAUCAAAAGCUGCUGCAGCAUAUCUCCCUGUAUGCAAAUAUUUUGAAGUCAUGUGCUUUCUUCACGAGAAAACUUCAAAUUUGCCUACUCACAGCAAUGUGGACAUUUCACCUGGAGCAUACAGUCAAGGGUCAGAAACAAGUUUUUCCGAAGAUCAGUUGGAAUGUCCCUACCCAUCUAUUUCAACUUCUGCCUCACCAUCAUUUGCAUUAGUUCAAGUUUCUUCCAAUUCACCUUUAUCGAUACCUGGGAGUUCAUCAAUUCCAUCAGCACCCACGUAUUAAAAGCCUUUAAUUCAAGACAAACCCCAAAAGCGAUUGAAAAGGAAAGACACCCCCUAACAAAGUGCACCUGGCCCAUUUCUCCAACACAUGCAGCAAAUGGAUGAAAAAAAGAUAAAAAUGGUUGACAAAGAUAGGGAAGCUGAAGAGGAUAAAGGAACCAAAUUUGGGAUGAGUUUGAUAUCUGUUUUAAAAGAUUUUGAUAAGAAAAAAUUGAGAUUAACAAAAGUUAAAAUUCAAAAAAUAUUAUAUGAUAUAAAAUUUGGUGAUGAAUAAGAUGAAAUACAUAUUUUUUGUAAGAAAGUUAAAAAUCAGUCGAUUAGGCACAAUUUCUUAAAAAUGUUGGCAUUUUUAUAGCCCAAUUUUUGUUGCAAAUUAGCAUAUCUGUGAGGCAUUUGUCACACAAUGAUUUAAAAAACUUUUUCAGAGUUAAAAAACGUGCUUAGAACUUCUUUGAACUUUUCAUGAGCUGAGUAAUACUUUCUUAUGAACAAUUUUUUUAUGAUAAGAACUGACAUAUUUUCAUUUUCGAAAUUACCUUAAGAUACUCUAUGGCCACUAGACUGCAGAAUGUAGCCUGCUACGGUAAAAGAAACUUUUUUAGGCUAAAACUCAAAAUAAAUGUUUUGAGCUAGAUUUGGUCUUCUAAUGGUCUAAAGAAUUUUCAUGGUGAAUAUUUCUCGAGUUUCUAAAUUCGUUUUUGGAAAAUCCUGGAAAAUAUGUUACAACAGAAUGGGUUUAUUUUCAGUUUAUUAGCAAGAAAUUAAACAAUCAGCAAAAUCAAUUACUUGCUUCUGUUUGCAAAAUGAAAUGGCUUUAAUGAUCCGGGCAUCCUAGAAUGGACACCGAAGUUAGGAGAUCUUUUAGUUGAUCAAACGUUUCUUCUGCCUUCUUGGUCCAUUCAAAGCCACAGUUUCCUCAGUUUUUGUUAACUCUGUUAAAGGUUUAGCAAUGCUUGCAAGAUUUUUGAUAAAUCUUCCAUAAUAUGAGGCUAACCCCAGAAAAGCGUGAACUUCGGUUUUGCUUUCAGGUCUAGGAAAUUUUGCAACAGCAUCAAUUUUCCUUGGAUCAGGCUUUAUUCCGUCACCACUGAUAAGAUAACCCAGGUAUUAACCUCCAAUUUGGCCCAAUGACAUUUUGAUGGCUUUAAGAUUAAACCCGCCUGAUUCAAUUCGUCAAGUAGCACUGGCAAGCGCUCUAGGUGCUCAUGAAAUGUUUUUCAAAAAUGAUGACCUUAUUUAAGUAAACCAGACAAUGGCUCCAAUGUAAUCCUAUUAAUACAAAGUCCGUCAAUGGUUGAAAAGUUGUUGGGGCAUUUGUUAUGCCAACGGACAUUAAAUUUCCAAUGCCCUUUAAUGGUUGUAAACACAGUAAUUUCCUUAGAUGCAUUAGCUAGUGCCACCUGCCAAUAACCAUUUUGUUGUAGAAUAAAAAGCCCCACCUAAUGCAGUCAACGUGUCAUCUAUGCAUGGUAAGGGAUAAGGGUCCUAUUUUGUGACAGAGUUCACCUUUAUGUAAUCAAUGCAAAAGCAGGUGGAACCGUCAGGUUUUGAAAACAACUGGAGACAACCAGGGGCGUUUUGAAAAUUGAUGCUGUUGUAAGAUGGCCUAAUUAUUUCCUUUACGAGUAGUUUCUCCACUUCCUUGUCAAUCAGACCCUGUUUUGCCAAUGGAACUAUGUAGGGUGGCUGCUUAAUUGGUGUUGCGUCACCAAUGUUGAUUUUAUGCUUAACAAUUUCAGCCUGUCUCAAAUCAGGACAUUUGACGAUUUUAAGUUCUCUAAGAAGUGCUAGGAAGCGAUCCUUUUUUUAAAUGACUAAUUUUAAGGUCUUGUUCUGAGAAAAUAUCCUUAGAAACGUUUGUGUCAGUGUUCAACUCCUCUGUUGGAGCAUCGUCCACACGAGGCACUUUUUCUUCGAUAAAUGGAACAACUUCCACGAUUUCCUUACUUUUUGGUAAAAAUACAGGAUAGUCUGUUAAGUUUGUUACUUGCAGCAUUACUUUGUCAUUACGUGACCUAACUUUAGUUAAAAUUCGCGCAAUAAACAGUUUAUUGUCCUUAGCAAACCCACCUUCAACAAAUAAGUCAUUAUUUUCAAUAUUAUCAAGUAGUUUAGUUUGAAUGGCUACAGUUGCCUUCACUGAAAUUGGAACGUCAGAUACAGUAGAAUCGAUAAACUCUUAUUUGGGCAAAAAAACCUUAACAACAAGAUCUGGUAUAGUUAUUGACAAUAUUCCAAAAUCAAUGGCAGCUUUGUUAGCAACAAAGAGUCUUUGCAGAGUCAAACACUGUGUUUGAAAACAUGAUCGUUAAAUUGAAUAGAAAAUUCUGCUUACCCAACUCGAUAAAGGCGUCCCAGUAGCAGCAAACAAAUCAACAUUAUCAUAAAUCAAAAUAUACUUUUUUGCAAUUUCAUUGUAGAUUGUUUUGACAUUAAUGAAAUAUCUUCACCAUUGUCAAUCAACAAAAGAGCACUAAUAUUAUUUACAAAGCCAGCAACAUAACCUUGUUGCUUGACUGAGCAUCUAUUGGAAAUAAUGUUUAUUACUUUCGCUUCUGUUUGUUCCAAAUUGGCUCCCAUAUCUAGUUGAUCGUGACUAGCCUCUGAAUUCUUAGGUACUCAGGGCUGACUGCAUUUGUUUUGAAAAUGUCCCCAUUUUCCACAGUUCCAGCACUGAAUGUUAUUUCUACGAAAUUUUGAGGGCUGAAAAUUUUCUUCCCAUGUACCAGUAAUUUUGGGCCAAGAUUCUGAGCCCAGAUUCUGGGGAGUCUUGCAGUAUUCUGAGCUGAAGAGCAAUUAUGCGUUGUUGGUCUUGCAUUAUUCUUCUCAUGCCUUCUAGCAACUCUGAAAAGUCACUGUUAGUGGAGCAGGGUUCUUCGGCAUUUUUUGAAUCGAUGGCAAGAACUUUGCUUUUGCCCUUUUACGCAAUUAUGUGUGAGCUUUCUGAUAUCCCAUAUCAAGAAGCUCCGUAUGCCAGGGCGAAAUAUUAGCCUUUACUGAUUUAUGUGUAUUUAUUGUUGUGUAUUCUCGGCGUAUUGCAGUGUUUCUUAUUUGCUACAUUUUUAUAGAAUUUUCGCCACAAGAACUCCUUGGAGCCCAUCGAGCAGCCUGCUACAGUGACCCUUUCUUCAUUCACAAUUGUUUCGAAAGUUGGCUUUAAACCUUUGACAAAAUAUUCGAGAGACUUUUCCCUUAAGAAUUCGGGAGAUUUUGUGCUCCAUCUCCAUUGCACUAAAUUACAGAUAUCUUCAUAAAAAUCUGCCACGGAUUCGUGAGAUUUUUUGUAUCUUUCACCCACCAGAUUUCUUUAUUGUAGCCUUUGCAAAGGUGAAUGACCCUCAAUUUCCUUCUUUAAAAGAUUAGCAUCAUUCUUUAUUCAAGCGACAAAAUACGAUAAAAUUGACUUUCUCAACCCAAAAGAUAAAGUAGAAGCAUUACCUGUUCCUCAUCAUGGGUCCAGCCAUUUGCAGCAGUAGCUUGAUUCCAGCUGUCAAGCCACUAGGAUAGGAAUCUGAUUUUUGUUCUUUGACAACAAUAGGAUUCAGUGACAGAUUUUGUUGAGUUUUAUAAGGAUUCUCAGCUGGAAAUGCGAGUUUUAUGAGAAUUUUCAGCCACUGCAAUAUCAAGCCUCAAGUCAAGCAGGUGAGACAGUGUUUUUUAUUUGUUUUAAACAAUUUAUAAUUUUGUUUUCAUGAUGGAAUUGGGCCUUCGUUGCUUAUAAUCACAUCCCUAUGAUUCUGUUCGCAUGUGUUUCGCCUGCUGCUUCUACUGGUGAGUCACCCUUCUACUUCCAGUAUGGUUGUGAGCUUCAUUUGCCUGUAGAUGCUGCAUUGAUAUUGCCAUCCGCUCAUCUUUCAUCAUCUGUCGCUGAGCAUAGUGCAGGCAUACUUACAAAUUUGAAGAAUGCACAGUGUAUGGUUUCUCCUAAAACGCAGUUGGCUCAACAGAAAAUGAAAGAAAUUACGAUCGAAAUUGUCAACCAGUUGUUUACGAUAUCUGAGACAAAGUAGAGAUGUUUACACCGAAAAGCAAGUAUCAAAAAAAUUAUUGCAUAAUUAUCACGGUGCGUACCGUAUUGUCGCAAAGGUUUCUCCAGUUCACCUUCGUUUUCAAACUCUAGAUAACCGUCCAGUAUCUGUUCCAGUUCAUGCAAAUAGACUAAAGCCAUAUUACGAUCCGAAUUAUCGUCCAAUCAAGCCACCCAGCGAUUUUGACAAUUUUAGCGAUCUCACUGACAAUGAUUUGACUUCCGAUAGUUUUGAUAAUGGUCUGAUACCAGAAGAAACGUCUACGUUGCUGUUAAGAACUACGUUGCUCUCCCAAACCAGGAGGUUUGAACUUAAAGGGCUUAUUAAACCAAAUUUUCGAUAGCUUUUUUAUUAGCUACUCUCAUAGAUUGAAGGUUCUUGCUCUAAAUAAAAAAAACAGAAUUUCCUUGUCAAUUCUUUUUUAUUGCGUGUGAAAAACGACACAUUACGCAUAUUCAUUGCAAAAUCGGAAGUCCUCUUGUGAUGUCACAGUGAUGAGUCAUGAUAUAUGAAUGAAUAAGUCACGCAUUCAUUCAUGGCUAUAGUAGUAGAAGUAGCAUGGCAAAUUCGAAGCGCUCUUCAGGUUAUGGGCGAACCUGCGUUGCUGGAACAUUUGAUGGGACCAGUUGCAAGAAUACACAGUUUACAGAGGGUAUCGCGCUCCAUUAUUUUCCCGAUAGAACUGUAGACAGAACAAGACAUCAGCAAUGGAUGAAAUUUGUUUGCCGUCACAGACACAGUUUCAAACCAUCAAAAUACUCUGCCUUGUGUUCAAUUCAUUUCAAAGACACGUGUUACACGAUGAGAAGGGGUUUAGCCAAAGAGCUCGGAAUAAGAAACAAAACUAGAUGCAGUCGCUGUUCCAAGCAUUGAUAUAGCCAACAAGAGAGUUGAUAGUGGCACAACCUUCCCAGAACGAAAGCAGGUAGGGCCUAAAACAAAUCACUCAUGCUAUAAAAUUAAGUCCUUACUUCUGUAGAAUAGGGUCAAAACUUUAUCUCUCUCUAAAACUGAAAUAAAAUUACUUAUGUAUAUUUGAUCAGAAUACGUGAAUUGUCAAAUAGAAAAGGGUGAUUAUAAUUAGGCAGAAGCCUAUUUGAUAUUAUAUGUAUGUCAGAUUUAGAAAGAAGAAUAGCCUUUAUUUUCUCAAAAAGCAACACACUUUAUUAUCUUCAAUCCACCAGAUUUUACGAACGACACUUGACAAAAUGGAGCAACAAGAUGAAAGUACUGACGAUGAAGUUGCAGCUGACAUGGGUGCCAAUAUUUUAUUAACAUUAAAUAUUAUAUACAUUUCUGUAUCUGUGUUUCCAGAAAUUUAUUUUAAUUUACAGAAUUUUCCUUUUAUUUGCAGUCAAAUCAAGCUGGAAGCAGUAAUGCCAUCGAACUGAGUGCUGCUAAAUUGUGCUUUCAGUAUCUCAAUGAUUGUGGUUUGCAUGUCUCAAAUUUUGUAAGUGACCGGCACAGAGGCAUUGCAAAGUGGAUUAGAGAGAAACAGGCACAAUGCAUUUCCACGAUCUCUGGAAUAUGGUCAAAGGAGUUUCAAAAAAGGUUCUACAAGCCAUUAAGGAGAAAGGAAAUGAAAAACUUCAGGGUUGCCUGAAAGGUAUACGGAGUCAUCUAUACUGGUGCGCUGUGUCAACAAAGACACAGCGCACUUUGGAGAAGUGUUUAUUGCCAAAUGGAAGUCGUUGAUGCGACACAUUUCAAAUAAACAUACUGACCACCCCGAUCAGCUUUUUGACAAAUGCACUCAUGGUCAAUUCCAGGGACGAGAGUGGCUCAAGAGAGAUACCCUUGCAGUAUCGAUACCCUCUGAAGCUUAUAUAUUAUGCUUAUUCUUUAUAUUCACAUUCACACAAAUGUAUAUUAUGGUGAACAUGAUUGGUGCUUUUGCUGUCAUAAAAUGGGGUGCGAUCUCAACCAAGUGCAUUAUUUAUAUAUAUAUAUUGAGAUUUUUCUUUUUCCCACUAAGGUUAUAUUCAGGGUUCUGGGAAGAUUUCAACAUUUUCCUUAUUCCCAAUAAAGUUUUAUUUGUGUCCCCCUCUUUCAAAUUUGAUUGAUUGUAAAGGUUGGAACAUAAUAAUGAAUGAAUCUUAUUAUACUGUAUUCACUUGUUGCUGUCGUAUCUUCUUGUCCUAAAGGCAUAAUAUGUAAAUUAUCCAAAUUCAAUUAAAAAAUAAAUUGUAAUACCCAGUUAUUAUCAUUCUAAAGGAUCUGCAGCACAUGAAAGGUUACACACCAUACUUAUGAAUGCAAAUCUAUUAAACGAUAUAAAGAUGGCCUCGUCAGAUGCUCAAACAAGUUGUUUGGAGAGCUUUCACUCAACUUAAAUCAUUGGCAUCCCAAAAUGACUCACUAUUCAUGGCUCGGUACUUUCUGUAGGUAAGUAGAAUAAUAAAUUGCUUAGGAUAAUCUUUAGGCAUACUAAGGAAAUCAGAUCAAAUUAACUUUGGGUAUAUACAAGAUGAUUCAUUAUGUAGUUUUGUUUGUAUCCCAAAGUUCCUGAAUUUAUCAAUUGUUUAUGUAAGGGCAUAUUGCAUUGUAAUGAAACUUAUCAUCCUUUAUCAUCCUUUAUCUAUCACAUGAUUUAUCUUUUGUUCAAGGAGGCAUAUUUUGGCAAUACUCUAUUUCAACGAGAACCUUCGCCGUGAGAAAAAAAACCAAAGAUGGAGCAACAUAUACAAGUGUAACAUAUCCAAAAUAUAAAUUUGGUGAAGAAUUAGUUCGAGAAAUUGCAGUUCCUCCAACAUAUGUUUAUGUUGGAGAAAUCAAAGAUGUGAUGUUUUCGACCAGUGAAAAGGACAAAAGUGAAGCUCUUGCUUCAUACCUCGAUCAUCAGCCCCAGCCAUUGACCACACAGUUUGGGGAAAGACUGUCCAAAAGAGAUACAAUGGAGCAACAAAUGCAAAGACGGACAACUACUACCCAACUGUAUCCGCAAAUUCACAAAGAGACAAAUUUGGAAAAGUCUCUAGCUGUUGCUGCUGCUAAAACCCAGACCAGAAAAGGAAGACUGCCGUAAAUGUCAAUGAAAGGUCAUCCAAGAGGACAUUGCAACACUACAGAGAUUAAUGAGGAUUAAUUAGAGUAGUUACUCUAUAGUGCCUUAUAUGCCCCGUAUGCACAGGCAGGCAGUGGCCUCGUGUUGUCCCAUCCAAGAAAAGCAAAAAUGUAGCGUAUCACCCAUCUAUUAGCAAAAGCUCUAAAAUAAAUAAAUAAAAGAAGCAUAUAAGAUGAAGUUGCCCAUGAUUUUUAAUUACAAGGGUAUUGCCCAACAAACAUGAAUAAAUGUUGGAUGUAGGCAAUCAAUCUACUACAUGUUUACAUACAGUACAUCACUAUUGUCAACAUUACUUUCUAGUUUUUGUUACAUUUGAGUCCCAUUUGGGCUUCCAGCUUCAAGAUAAGGCACUGCAAACUGUUUGUUUAACUUUUUUAGAUUUAAAGAUGUUAAUGGUCAUUAAGAAAUAUUUGUAUGCUAGUUAACAGAAUUGGGCAUCCCCCACCCCCUUAUAACAGAUAAUUUCAUUUGUCUCCAUUUAAAGCAUCUGGAAAGAUAAUUAGGGUGACAACAAUUCCAAACAACUGCUAACUGCCUAAGGUAGCCUCUUGUAGGGCCAAAUUGACACUGCGUUGAAUGUUUAUGUUUAGGUCUUGACCUAAGGCAACAGAUUACAAUGCUUCUGAUUCAUAUUUGAAUUUAAAAAAUGAAAAAUGUUCCUAUUUCAGUUUUUGUCCCCUAUGUGUUAAUCUUAGUGCAUUCCAGCUAAGUUUAUAUGACCAUAUUCUGUGAGCUGGAACGAAAAUUAUUUGUCGAUUUACUUACUCGUUUUUUGGAUGACGGGCCCGUUGCUUGGAGACUCUGCCAUUAAGGCCUUUAGCAGUAUACCCAGGUGAGAAAGCACCACCGUCUCUGUCAAUUUUUUAUAAUCCUUGUGCCCUGUUAUGCAUUUUAUCCUCUCAAUGCUGCCAUCAGUUGCCAAUUUAUCAACAGCGGCAUUGACCUCUGAGCAACAUCGGUAUUCUCUAGCACCAUUUAGGACCGAAUCAUUGCAUUUUUGGCAUUUACACCUGGUGUUAGCAGAGAUAUACAAUUUAAUCAAUAAUUUAAAGAACAAAUAGAAAACAAACGUUGCUUACUCACCCAUCGACGUUUGGAAACAUUAUAUGAAGUGAACGGAAAAUUUACUAGGCCAGCUCGGUUAGGCCCAUUGGUCGGCACACGACAAGGGCAAAAAAUAAUGUUGGUAAAUAAUCCGGGCAAGUCAAUUGGGCGCCCAGAGAACUUCUUCAACUCUAAUUUGGGCAGUUUUGCAGGAACCUUGUUGAACUUCGUGGAGGAAACGCUGCCAUACAUCAACUUCCAUCUUUGUCAUCAUUUUCCGAAAUCAGUUCCAAAAUUUGCACAUCCCCGAUUUUUGCUAUUAUUUGAGAGACGUACCCUCUGUAGCCACCUCUGAUUUUUCUUUUCCUUGAGAUUUCUUCCAUUUUCAAAAAAAUUCACCAUAGACAAUAUCCGUUUCGCUCGACGUGGACCAUUUGUUAAGACUUUCGCCUAUCUUUCGCUGGUUCUACAGAUAGUUGUCGGUGUCCAAGAGAAAAGCCAAGAAAAAGAAUCCUUUUAGCGUUCAGCAAUCCUUAUUCAUCACAUAAUUCUCGUUUCUCUAGGCUUGAAUACCGAUACUACUGGUAAUUUCACAUGUUUUUAUAUGUUCCAACAAGGAAUUAACGAAAUAUGAACCAAUAACAAGCGUUCUUACAAUUUACAUAAAUUUUUCAUGUGAAAACUUAUAACAAGCACGGGUUGGAUAAUUAUUAACUGGCCUCAUUUUCACGAGGAGGAAUUUGCGUAUAAACGUUAACUAAACAAUACAAACUGCGUAAAACAGCUAUGAUUAAUUCCUAUUUAAGCAUUUGAUAGUGCAAGCAUAUAACCACGUACUGUGGAAUCUACGUAAACAUGACGAACACGGAGCCAUGCUGCAAAGCAAGGGUUACUAAAUGGAUAAGAGGGCAGGGAAAAUCCACAGAAGCUUUUCAUUUUUAAGAGGGUACAAGAAAAAAGAUAGAUCUGGAUUCUUGGAACUGGGACAGCUGCAACCGUUAACUGAACAAUAGCUUGGCAUAUUGUUCAGUUGCAAACGAUUUUAAAUUAAGGUGUAAGAAUAAAAUAGUCGAAUAAAUCCACCAGUUGAAAUGCAAUGAACGGAUGACGAACAGCAACAGCCUAAAAGAUUCUGGAACAAAUUUUCCUUCUGUUGCACGGUUAUCAGAAAUCAGAAACUUUUCCAAUCGAAGGUACAAAUAAAGCAAUGUUAGUAGAUUUCAAAAUGCCAGCGAAUAUAAUAAACUACUUCGUAAAGCCCAGAAAAAUCAAUUGUAAAUCACAACAAAAUCGCAAGAUACAUUAUGUUUACGCUAGGAACAAAUCUGGUUUGCCUCAUUGCUACCUGGUAACCAAGGCUAAUCGCUGUUAGCCAAUCAUCGGCCAUAUCCGGUUUAAGUGCGUAUUAGGCAAUUGUCCUUCAAAUAAAGGGAAGAUUCAAAUUUGUGGUUUUAACUAAUGAAUUUUUCUCCACUCCAUUUCUAACUUGUUUUUCAAUUCUUAAGCAAAAAUUGUGUUCCCAAUGUGAUAAAGUUUCACAGACUUUGUUGUUAGCCAGAAAACAGUUCCAUCAUACUUGUUUUUAUACCGUGGGAAAGUUGUUCAUUUGUUUACAGAUGUACUUUCUACUGCAUCAAUUUCUAUGUAAAGUUUUCCUGUUGUUUUUCUGCAGUAAUUUGAUUUUGCUUGAUUAAUUUAAGUAACGCUCUAAAUUAAACACUUGAUUGAAUUUUUUUCACUAAAUGCAUGAAAAUUUCACACAUGAAACUCUUCUUGCAACUAUUUACGAAAAGGGCACAUGUCUUUUCCAGUUGAGAAAUAGCAUUAUGCCAUUUCAUUGCAAAUUUGAAUUGUUGCCAUAUCAAUGAUCCAGCUAUUAAUGUUUAAACUAUAGACAAUAUUGAAUGUAGCUGUCAUUUCAAACACUGUUUAUUUCUCAAUGUCAGAGGAUUUCAUCAAAAUGCUAUAUACUGAUUUCUUUUGGAAAUUGGAUCCCUGUUGACAUGCAUGUUGGCCUGACAGUGCCAUUUGUUUUUUCAAACGGAAAUACAACUUACAUUUAAAUGGCUUUGAAAAAAGCAAACAUUUAGUAAAUUAAAGCUUUUCGUCUGACACUCUUCAGAGUUUAAAACGUCAGAAAAUAGAUCGAAAACUCUACGCUUAGAAAUAUAUAUACACCCAGUUGUGGAUCGAAAUAGGCCAAUCAGAAACACGGGCACAUGACUGUAGAGGUUGACCAGUCAGUGCCGCUGGCCUAUUAGAAUGUUACCAGUGGAGUCCUAAGGUGAAAACGAACUCCUUUUGUCUACACAGUAGCGGUUUUUUCGUGCUUAUGUAGAUAGAUUCUAAAACUGCUAGGUGGAACGACGAUCGGGCUUUUCCAAUAAUCCGAAACAUGUCGCCAUUAUAGUUUUUUGCACAAUCUGGGUUUUCUAGCAAAUGCUGCCCGAUAGCAGAAUCGCAGGUUUUAGUAGUAAUUUUGGAUUUGCAAGAGCGAGGUGGCUGUUCUCUUUAGGGAUGUGUUUUGUUUCUAAUAUUAGAUGGAACCUGUUGUUUUAUCCUAUCCUCCAAUCUUUGGGUGGUGCGUCCUACGUAGCCAGAAUCACCCUGGCACGUAAAUUCAUAAACAACAGAUCCUUUUUUUGUGGCAGGAACGCAGUCCUUUUGAAUGGACGGAAGGGCCUUUUUUGUACUGUAAACAACACCUGGGUUAACCGCGAAGAAACAAUUUGUUAUGGCCUGUUUUAUUUGGCUUUCAAAACGUAGGGAGCUGUUACCGAUCCAGGGUAGUUUUAGACAGACCGGACACUUUUGAGGACCAAAUUUUACGUCAGCUGAGAAAUUUCCUAUCUUCUCCUUAAUGUAAACUGAAAUAACAUUUUCUGGAUAGCCGUUCUCCAGAAAAAUCUUAGUUAGUUUUUCAAGUUCCGAGUCGAGUUUAGACUUGGAACAAAUCAUCAGUGCCCUAUGUGUAAGCGUUUUGAUGAGGCUGAUUUUUCUUUUUUUUGGGCAAAACGAACUCCAUCGAGUGUAUAACCCCGAAAAUGUGUGUUUAUGGUUUACACUGGUGAGAAAUCCAGUGUCAGAUUUUUCAACCAAAACAUCCAGAAAUGGCAAGGAGUUAUUUUCUUCCUUUUCAAAUGUAAAAUGUAGGGCUGUGUGAAGACCAUUAAAGGUAUUAUGAAUCGAAAAAUGAUUUUAACCUAAUCGAUAGAACUCACUUUGCUUAUUUGUACUGUGGUAUCCAUUUGCUAAACUUUAAUCGUGUUUAUUCUGAUAAUUCACUCCAAACCCUCGAUUUUGCUGCACUACGAACUUCAAAAUGUGGCCUACUUCAAACGCGGUCAAACCGCUCUGCCCUAGUCUCCUGUGACGUAAAGUGUUUGACACAUUCUCAUUGCCUACGUAGCAAACAAGUCGUCAAUACGACUACACCCACCAUCAAAUAAGCUUUGUUUCCUGAAUUUUAGGUUCCAAAGUGCCCAUAUAACUAAAUAUACUUUUGAAAACGGAAACUGAUCGUCCUUUGACUCAUAACAACACCUCAUCAAUGUGAAAAGUUAUCGAUCAACCUAAUAAUGAGUCAGGGUAUGAACGGUAACUUAAACAAACCGUGCUUGUUAAAAACGUGUUUCGCUUUGUUUUCAGAUUUAUUUUAAUUUACCUCUAAAGAGUCCAACCCCUAUACUGACGUAAUGUAAAGUUGUUCGUUCGCGAUGUUUUCUAGUACUUUGCUUACGUCAUUAAAACGUUUUCACACAACAACUUACAUAUAAAUAUGAGGAUAUCCCGUCAUUUCCAACAUUGUGAAAUAAAGGUUUCUAGGAUAAGGUAAGGAAAUUUACUACUUGAGCAAAUAGGUUUAGCUGUGGAAAAUUUGACAUGGAAAAACAAAGUUCUAGAGGUGGAAAAUAUUGCUGCGCUGGCUUACCAAACAAAGAAUCUUGCAAGAACAGUACUCAGAUUCCGGGAGUUUCAUUGCACCGUUUUCCUAAAAAUCCUGCGAUUCGCAAACAAUGGACGAAUUUUGUUCGACGAUAUCGCCUUGACUUCGACCCAUCAGCCUAUACAGCCGGCCCUUUUUUAUUCUCGAGCCAUUUUACAAGUGCAUCAUAUACACGCGGGGCGGCUAUGAAUCUUCCAGGUUUUGAUACUGAGAAUACAAAACGAUUUCUCAAUCGCUAUGCAGUACCGACCAUUUAUGAACAUAUAUCGUCUAAAGCGCUGAAUUCGGGAGAACCAAGUUGCAGAGAAAAACGAAUGGCAAGUUCAAUUAUAUUUAUUUAUUUUAUUCUUCAUUUUAUUAUCAGGUUACAUUAGUUCAUUUAUUUAAUUUUUUCGUUGUUCUAGUUUCCUUUGAUAAACUAAGGCAGGAUUUAAGAUCGGCCAAUAAUUUUUUGGUAUAAAGCCCCUUUCCUAUAAAUAUUUUAGGAAGUCUUUGUCUCUAGGCUUCACUGACGAAACUAAAUUGUUGCUACUGGGGGGGAAGGGGGGCAUUGUCCGAAGACCAGGGUCGUUGACAGCAGGCUCGGACCCAAAUUUUUCUGUGGCCACGUCUCUAAGUCUCCCGGAGAACAAGGGAAACGCCCUUUUUAGGUACAAUUGUUGAAAAAGGGGGCACAGGCCU